AUGCUAAAACAUACCACAGUCAACCAGCAGAAGAACAGCAGCACCUCUUUGCACGGCUUCACAAAUCAUUUACAAGGAGGGAAGAUGAAGCUGUUGGUGUGUGUCAGUGUUCUCCUCUGCCUCUUUGCCUGUCAACUCAGUGAGGCCAGAGUCAUCCCAGAAGGAGUGCCUUAUGACGAACCACCAGCCGUGCCUUACUGGCCCUACUCCACCUCUGACUUCUGGAACUACAUUGAAUACUUCAGAUCCAUCGGCGCCUACAACCACAUCAACGAGAUGGCCCGGGCCUUCUUCGCCCACCAGCACCUCGGAGACACCCUGGGAUACGAGACCAAUGAAGGACACGAACACUGA